AUGACCCCAGCCACGCUUUCAAUCUUCCGUAAGGGCGCAACAGCUCUGAUUACAGGAGCUGCAUCCGGAAUCGGCCUCGCCACAGCUCAGCGAUGCUACUCCCACGGUAUGAACCUCGUGCUCCUCGACCGGGACGCCACCAGACUCUCGCAAAUCACCAAGCACCACUUCCCACCGGAAGGAACAAGCACGAUCACAACCCAUGUUAUCGACGUCUCUUCAAGACUUGAAUGGCAACAGCUAGCGCCGCAGAUCAAAUCAUCCCACCCACAGGGCAUCGACUUCCUCAUGUUAAAUGCCGGAGCCGGGUUCACACCCCAGGAAGGGAAAACAUUCUGGGAUGACGCGGAGUACUUCGAGAAGACCUUUGCCGUCAACACUCUGGGCUACACAAAUGGGCUCGCUGCACUCCUGGACAGCGUGAUCACAGUUGAUAAUAAGAAUGAAGCUGAGCGAGCAAUUGUCUUGACCGGGUCUAAGCAGGGAAUCACGAACCCGCCAAGUAACCCGGCAUAUAACGCGUCGAAAGCCGCUGUUCGGACUAUUGCAGAACAUCUGUCCUUCGAUAUGGCUAAGGCUGCACCCAAUGUCAGCGUUCAUUUGUUGAUUCCAGGGUGGACGUACACUGGCUUUCAUACUGCUGCGUUUCGAGAAAAGCCCGCAGGGGCGUGGAUGCCGGAGGAGGUGGUUGAUUUCAUGGUUGAGAAAAUGGCAGAGAAACGGUUUUAUAUUCUUUGUCCGGAUAAUGAGGUUAGCGAGGAGCUGGAUAGAAAACGUAUUCUCUGGACCACGUCCGAUCUUGUCGAGGGUCGGCCACCUUUGACAAGAUGGAGAGAAGACUGGAAAGAGAAGGUGAGGGUUGGAAUGGAGCAUGUCUCGCUCAAUGGGAUGGAUAAGUUGAAUUAA